AUUGAUUUUAAUUAGUUUUUUGAGAUUAGGAUCCCUCUGCGUUGCUUCCUCCUUUUGUUGGGUGCAUAGCAUAGUUUGUGUUGCAGCCUGCAACUUUUCUCUCUCUUUUUCUUCGAAGUCACCGCAACUUCAACUUCAACAGUUUCUCCAUGAGGUUGUGCAUCUGCGACCUACUGUUGAAAGAUGUUUGACCGAAGUGAUUACAAAUCACAGUACAUGGAUGGCCAGCGAGAAAGUUCUUUUAGGUGGGAUUUCUUGGAUUCUAAACUAUCUUCAUCUUCCGAUGUUAGAGUUACAAAAUCUGGAUUCAGUAUUGAUAAAUUAAACCAUGGUAGUCAUGGAAGCAGCACAACCUCUAGGUCUUUUAAAAAAGGAAUGAGAAAGGGAUCUGAAGGACUGAAGUUAAUUGGUCGAUCACUUGGGCUGGGGGUAUCUAAGGCAGUGUUUCCAGAAGAUCUUAAAGUGUCUGAAAAGAAGAUAUUUGAUCCCCAAGACAAAUUUUUACUCUUAUGGAAUAAAUUAUUUGUUAUCUCAUGCAUUUUUUCCGUGUUUGUGGAUCCACUGUUUUUUUAUCUCCCUGUCAUCAAUGAUCAAUUACACUGUCUGGGUAUAGACCGAAAGUUGGCGAUAAUAGUCACCACCUUGAGGACAGUCAUUGAUGCUUUCUAUUUGCUAAACAUGGCUCUCCAAUUUCGUACUGCUUACAUUGCUCCAUCAUCUCGUGUCUUUGGGCGGGGAGAGCUUGUGAUAGAUUCGGCACAGAUAGCCAAGCGAUACUUGCGACGAUAUUUCAUCGUUGAUUUCCUAUCUGUGUUGCCAGUACCACAGAUUGUUGUUUGGAGAUUUCUUCAGAGGUCAAAAAGUUCUGAUGUACUAGCAACAAAGCAGGCCUUGCUGUUCAUUAUCUUGCUUCAGUAUAUUCCUAGAUUUCUUCGAAUGGUGCCAUUAACUUCAGAACUUAAGAGAACAGCCGGUGUCUUUGCCGAAACUGCAUGGGCAGGUGCUGUAUAUUAUUUGCUGUUGUACAUGCUUGCCAGUCAUAUAGUUGGUGCUUUUUGGUACUUGUUAGCUAUUGAACGCAAUGACUCGUGCUGGCAGAAUGCUUGCAGCGACAAUGGGUGCAACAAAAACUACUUGUACUGUGAGAACCAGCACACGGAAGGUUAUAGUGCCUGGCAAAACAAAAGCAAAGCUAUUUUUAAGUCAAAGUGCUCUGUAGAUGAUGAUCCUCCACCUUUUGAUUAUGGAAUUUUUAAGCAAGCCUUGUCAUCUGGUAUCAUUUCAUCUAAGAAGUUUAUCACAAAAUAUCUUUACUGUUUAUGGUGGGGGCUCCAGAAUUUAAGUACCCUUGGUCAGGGGCUUCAAACUAGCACAUAUCCUGGGGAGGUUAUCUUUUCAAUAGCACUUGCCAUAGCAGGUCUCAUCCUCUUCGCGCUUCUGAUUGGCAACAUGCAGACAUAUCUUCAGUCCCUUACCCUUAGGCUGGAGGAAAUGAGAGUCAAAAGGCGUGAUUCAGAACAAUGGAUGCAUCAUCGCUUGCUCCCAAAAGAGCUUAGAGAGCGUGUGAGACGGUAUGAUCAAUAUAAGUGGUUGGCAACACGUGGUGUAGACGAAGAUAUUUUAGUUCAGAGUCUACCAAAGGAUCUUCGAAGAGAUAUUAAGCGUCAUCUCUGUUUGGCUUUAGUGAGGAGGGUUCCACUAUUUGAGAGUAUGGAUGAGAGAUUGCUUGAUGCCAUAUGUGAGAGACUGAAACCAUGUUUAUUUACAGAGAAUACUUAUAUUGUUCGGGAAGGAGAUCCAGUUGAUGAGAUGCUUUUCAUCAUACGUGGGCGUCUUGAGAGUGUUACCACAGAUGGUGGGAGGAGUGGUUUUUUCAACCGCACAUAUCUAAAGGAGGCCGAAUUCUGUGGGGAGGAGCUUUUAACAUGGGCCCUGGACCCCAGAUCUGGUUCUAAUCUUCCAACCUCUACUCGAACUGUGAAGGCGUUAACAGAGGUUGAGACUUUUGCCUUAACCGCCGAUGAGCUGAAAUUUGUUGCCAGUCAGUUUAGACGUCUUCACAGUAGACAGGUUCAACACACUUUUCGUUUUUACUCUCAACAAUGGAGAACCUGGGCUGCUUGUUUUAUUCAAGCAGCAUGGCGUCGAUAUUGUAAAAAGAAAAUUAUGAAGCUUCGUAUGAAGGAAGAAGAAGCGGAUGAGUCUCACGGCAAUGCCAGUGGCAGUUCCUCCAGCCUUGGUGCCGCCUUAUUAGCCUCAAAGUUUGCCGCGCGCACUCUCCGUGGUGUACACCGCAAUCGACUCGCCAAGACUGCCAGAGAGUUGGUGAAAUUACAGAAACCCCCCGAGCCUGACUUUACAGCAGAUGAUGCAGACUAAAAUUUUCAUGUGUAACUGCUCUUGAAAUUCUUGUUUUUCAUUUACUAUUAUGAUUUAUGACUGAUCUUGUGAAAAAGGUCAAAAGCAAUGUAUCCUUUGUAAAUAAUUGUAUUAUAGUAUACAUUAAGCCUAACUGGCUGUCAUAUUAGGUUUGCCACCAGUAUGUAACUUAUUUACCGUUGUCAAUUGUAAUAUUGAAAUUAUGUGUUGGAAGAAUUAAGGUUGAUUUUAUUUGUGGUCAAUAUUUAAUGAGAUUUGAUGAUA